GUAGCUCGUCCGGUCCGCCGCUGGCCUCUCCACUCCACUGCAGUCGCUCGUCCCGUCCCCUCACCUCCCAUCCCCUCUCACAGGCACCGCCACCGCCACCGCCACCGCGCACAGCUAGGCGAGAGGCGCAGGCACUCCGGCGGUCGACGUACGGGGAGCGCAAGGAAGGAAGGAGCAAGGCCGGCCGUAGGGAAGCAGGGCAGGAGGUAGUGUCAAGCGCAAUGGGAUCGUCCGGCAACUAUGGCAUGCGAACCAAGAUGCAGCAGAUGCGCAUCAACGAUGAGACCGCUCGGUGGUUCGAUACCGGAGAUCGUGGCGCUGAACAUAAGGCCCACAUCAUGAGUCCGUUCGGCAAGAAACCCUGGGGCAUCACCGUCGGCCGAGACUCCAACGGCUCGUUCCUGGGUGAUGGGUGGCCACAGUUUGUUGCCGUGCACGGCAUUGGCGUCGGCUGCUACUUGGUGUUCAAGCAUGUAUUGCGCGGCACGGUCACCCUAAAGGUGUUCGACGACGGCUUUGUUAUUAAACCAUUCGGCCUAACAAUUACUGUUUUGAGCCCAGCUGAGAUCGAGAAUGCAUUUGCUCGUAAGCCCCAGUUCAUUGUGCCAUUUCAGACAAGUUUCAAGGAAAAGAUGCCUAUCCCUCCUGAGUUUCUGCGGCGAGGAUACAUCUCAGAAGAAGACCUGAGCAGACCGAAACCGGCAGCCAUUUUUUCGACAUCCUGGCAUGUCGACCUCGAGAAGGAUGGCCCGAAUGUCUUCUUCGCCGGACCCUUAUGGCCAAAGUUUCUGGAACACAAAAACCUGUCUGAAACUCAUGUCCUGCUGAUCAAGUAUCACGGGCGCAUGACCUUCUCAUUGGAGACCUAUGGACAUGGGAAUAAUGAGCACAUUGAGGAAGAAACAAGCUCGUCUCAGCAAAGCGAGCAAUCUCCUGGAGCACAAAGCCAAGAGGAAGAACAUGUUUCCACUCCGAAAACUCCGAAAAGGAAACGAAAGGAUGGUAGAAAGCCCAACAACUUCAGGGCACCUAAACAAGAAGACAAAGUGUGUCUAUGAGCUUGGAUCUGCAGGGUCGCAGGCUUGGUUAAGGAAGACGAUCAGCAGCGGUUCUGUGCUUAAAAAUGUAGUUUGCCACGGCCCUUCGGAUUCGUGGAGAGUUGCAAGAUCGCGCUCAAGCCCAUGGAGAGCGACAAUUCUUGGGAGGUGGAAGGUGUGGCCUUGUAUCCGGGCACCAGAAAGGCUACGAAUAGGCUUGUAACAGGCUGGCCAAAAUUCUGCAAGGAGAACGGGCUCAAGGCAGGAGACACCUGCACUUUCAAAGUCGUCGACAGUACGCUGUGGCAUGUUGUCAUCGACCGCUAUGCUGCUGCACUUCAAAUUGCAUAAAAAAGGACCGAACACUAGCUACCUAAGUAGUGAUCAUGACGAAUGUUGUGGUAGAAUGAUAUUCAACAGUUGGUGUUGAUUUCUGGCUUUUGGACAGUGCUAGGGAAUUUCUGUUUCAUGACUUGGUAUUAUGGCUGGCUUAUCAAGGCAAGAUAUCUACUUGUUAAGUUGUUAGAGUUGUUAUUAAAUUAUGGAGUGAAACUUGAGCUGCAAUGUAGUGCUAGUGCAUCAUGUAUUGUUUAGUCUCAGCUCAUUCCCCAUAUUUGACAUCUUUGUCAAAGUGAAUAUGAAGAUCUGAUGGUUAACCUCCUGGGCGGAAAUG